CCCGCUGCAAAGACCAAUACCUCAAGGAUCGAAUGGGGACCGUGCAAUCAGACGGAAGUCAAUACGACCGGGACUGCACCCACACAAUGCGGUACUCUACCCGUUCCCCUCGACUACACAAACACCUCAUCAGAAGAAACCCUCAAUCUCCAACUCAUCAACAUCCCAGCACCAAUCGAGCCGUGCAAAGGUAGUAUUCAAUUCAACUUAGGCGGACCAGGCGCCACCACACGACAAGACCUAGCCUCUCUAGGC